GUAAUUAACAAGGAAAAUAAAGGGUGGUUUCACGAUAAGUCUGUCUAUAUGACGCGAAAGGGUUUCUUAAAUUCAGAGAGACAAUUAAUCAGUUUCGUGUGUUUGGAGAAGAAGAAGAACAGAUCAAAUACGAGGAGAGAUCUCUAAAGAGAUUUAUCGUUUCAAGUAAGUCUCUUUAUCAAACUCUUAAUAUAAACAAAUCAAAACAUGAACACGUCGUGUCUUCGUUUCGAUUCUAGAUACGAUUUUUUAGUUCAUGUGAAUGAACUCUGUUUUAUUACUACUAGGGUUGUUCAAUAUUUUUCCGAGAAUUACCAGAGGAACAAAGUUAGUGAUUAUAUUGAUGCAGAGUAUGAAGUAAUUAUAUACAUAAAUCAUGUUUUGUUCUCAAGCAUCUACGUUGAAAUAUAUAUAAGAAGUUUUUUUUUGGUGAAAAAAUAUGUAUGAGAAGUUCAUCUUUCAUAAUAGUGAAACAACUCUCUUUCAUACCAAAAAAAAAAUUUGAAAAAAAAUUAGUGAAACUCUCUUUGUCCGAUUAGGUUAGGUUUGGACUCAGAAUCAAAAUACGAUUAGCAUAACAAAUUUUUUGGCAUGGCAAUUAUUGUCUGCAGAUUUGUUCACGUUGAGAAGUUUAAUUUAGAUUAAACAACAAAAAGAUGGGUUACUGGAAUUCCAAGGUUGUUCCAAAAUUCAAGAAGUUAUUCGAGAAAAAUAGUGCUAAGAAGGCUGCUGCUGCUGAAGCUACCAAGACCUUUGAUGAAUCUAAGGAAACAAUCAACAAGGAAAUUGAGGAGAAAAAGACAGAACUCCAACCAAAGGUCGUGGAAACCUAUGAAGCCACGUCUGCAGAAGUCAAGGCUUUGGUGAGAGACCCUAAGGUGGCUGGUUUGAAGAAAAACUCAGCGGCUGUGCAGAAGUACCUCGAGGAGCUAGUCAAAAUUGAAUUCCCCGGAUCAAAAGCGGUGAGUGAGGCUUCGUCUAGCUUCGGAGCUGGCUAUGUCGCAGGACCGGUCACGUUCAUAUUCGAGAAGGUAUCUGUUUUCCUCCCGGAGGAGGUGAAGACUAAAGAAAUACCGGUGGAGGAAGUGAAAGCUGAAGAACCUGCCAAAACUGAAGAACCAGCCAAAACCGAAGGAACAAGUGGUGAGAAAGAGGAGAUUGUUGAAGAGACAAAGAAAGGCGAGACCCCUGAAACCGCGGUCGUGGAGGAGAAGAAACCAGAGGUAGAGGAGAAGAAGGAAGAGGCUACUCCGGCUCCGGCAGUGGUUGAAACUCCAGUUAAGGAACCGGAGACAACGACGACAGCGCCAGUGGCUGAACCACCAAAGCCUUGAUUUGUUUUCAAGAUGGUAUGAUUACUUCUCUUGUAUGAAAACAUCUUUGUACGUAACAAAAAAAUGAAAGGAAGAAACGGAAAGGAACAAAAAAAAAAAACUUAUUUUUCAUUCUUUUUUUUCAAUUUGGUUUGUCUUUGUGUGGAUAAAUCUCUCUGUUUUUUUUUUAAUUAUUGGGAAAGUCUUUAAUGUGUUAUUUAUUUAUAUUCAUGUGAAUUUGUAACAAAAAUAUUUUGUGGAUGUUUUCUAUAGAUUUAUUGUUUCAACUUUCAACCAAGCUUAUCCGAUUCAAAACGUUCUGAUAUAUCUUCAUAUCAAGUGAAUUUACUUAUCU